AUGAACAAGUUCUUCCUCGCCGCCGCCCUCGGGGCCUUCGUGUCCCGAAUGGCAUUUGGUCAGGAUCUCACCCUUCCUCCCGAUCUCACCCAAAAUCCUGCUGCGCCUGACGAAGGAGAAAGUAUGGGAGAAGCAAGCAUGGGAGAAGCAAGCAUGGGAGAAGCAAGCAUGGGAGAAGAAAUGAUGGAAUACGGUCUGAAUGAGACUCUUUGCGGGAACAUGACGGAAUUCAACAUGACUUUCUACAACGAGACUGGUCUCAACUGUAGCAGCAACGAAGAAAUCAUCGUCGAUGACCGUACCGAUGUCCCCGAGGUGCUCACUGAUGCUCCUACAAGGGCACCCAUCACUGCUAGUCCAACUACGGCAUCACCUACGGCUACUCCCGGCAACCCAACUGGAACUCCAACCAGGAACCCCACUCGCAGACCAACUCGCCGUCCGACAAAUCGUCCCACUAGGAAUCCCACGCGAUUUCCUACCGAGGCGCCGUUCUUCACUUUUUCUCCGACCUUUCCGCGUCCCCCCUCAUUCACGUUAUUUCCUACUUUGUUCCCUGCUGGACCUCCCAUAACACCCCCCAUUGCCCCACCAGUUAACCAAAACCCAACGCUCUUCCCAAUCAGCAGUCCGAUUGCUCCCCCAAUUCAACCACCCAAUUUUUCACCACCCACUUCCCCCAUUGCUAUACCAAUUGCUGCUCCAGUGGCUGCCCCGGUUGCUGCCCCAGUUGCUGCCCCAGUUGCUGCCCCAGUCGCUGCACCAGAGGCUCAACCUUUUGUUGCCCCCUCAAGGCGCUACUAUGGACGUGACCGUGAACUGUUGCGAAAGGAACAUUCUGGAUGUACCCUUUGUCCCAAGGGACGCACUGUGGGUGCUCCUCAGAAGCUUGUCAAGGGACCGUUGGGACAGGAUAUGACAUGUAUUGAACUGGCUGUCCUUUACGAAUUCUAUGAGACAGGUGAUGAAUGUACUGAAUUGAAACACGAUUUGAAGAAUGCCAAUAAGUAUUCGCCAGCCAAGCACUGUGAAUGCCCCGCAGUCGAAUAA